AUGGACAGCUACAUGUUCCAAACAGUUGGAUUGUCUAUUCUGCCGCUUAUAGCGCAGUCUCUCGGCGUAGAGCUCUUUGAGGGUGUUAUUAAGGGCACUCCGAUCAACCAGUCCAGCAGCUACGAAGAGACUCUAAAUGACGAAACUGAAGAUCUCUACAAGCUCCUCAAAUCAGUCAAGGAAAAGUACGCAGAUUUGCAGGGUGUGAGCGUUGGCGCUAUUCUGUCUAAUUACCAGCGUGUGCGCGUCGAGCACGUCUGCAGUAGACUUGGUUUGACUGUCCUGGCUUAUCUUUGGAGGAGACCGCAAGAUAAGCUGCUGGAUGAAAUGGUAGCAGCUCAGCAGACCUCGAUUAUAAUUAAGGUUGCCGGCGCUGGUCUCGAUCCAGACCGUCAUCUGGGUAAAUCAUUGGCACAGCUCAGACCAACACUCGACAAGCUGCAUAAUCUAUACGGUGCCCAUGUCUGCGGCGAGGGUGGCGAGUUUGAGACUGUCACGCUAGACAGCCCCUUGUACAAGCAGAGGAUCGUCCUAGACGAGACCGAGAUUGUCUAUCACGAUCCUUCUCCUACGGCACCUGUAGCAUAUUUGCGUAUCAAGAAAGCUCAUCUUGAGCCAAAAGAAGGCAAUGACCUUCAAAUACUUGUCCAGCCUGAGUUGUAUGAUGAUAUAUCACAAGAAAUACAACUUAGCAAUCUCAACGCUUCUACAAGCAGUCCUGUUGUAGAUUCUCGGCGGCAAAGAGAUCAAGAAGUCCAACCAAGGGCUACAAUGAAGGAGACAUCUAAGUGGUAUAGCUUAUCCAACCUCUAUCCAACCAAUAGCACAGCUGGAACUGCAGAGCAAACGAGAGAUAUCUUGCAACAAGCAAGCGUACAUCUGCAAUCUAAAAACCUACAACUUGAUAAGCACGUCAUCUUCAUAUCCGUUUACAUAGCCGACAUGAAUGAUUUUGAAAGUCUAAACAAAACCUACGCUGCAUACUUUACACGUAGUGGACCACCAGCGCGAGCUUGUGUGGCUACCGCACUAGGCGAUGGCUACAAAGUCAGCAUGUCGAUACUGGCUAGCACUGACCAGUCAAGAAGUGCACUCCAUGUACGUGGGCUAUCAUACUGGGCACCUGCAAACAUAGGACCAUACAGCCAGUGCUUAUCGAUCAACAACCGACAUUUCAUUUCUGGUCAAAUAGCACUCAAGCCGUCAACGUUGUCUUUGGUAGAGGGGGGCGUUGUCCAACAGGCAAUACUUUCCUUGCAGCAUGCAAGAAAAGUGGCAGAGGGACAAGCGCCAUCUUAUAUACCUCAUGGCGAACUGCUUAUGCGUCCCGAGAGCGUCAUCUGCUAUGUCUCUUCAAAGGAUUAUAUCAACAUCUGCCGCCGCGUUUUACGCCAAGCUGUCGUUGCAACAUCGGAGCGUUCAGAAGAUUUUUUGAGUAUAGAAACACACGAGCCUGCUCAAAUUUAUGUUGCGGUCUCUCAAUUACCAAAAGAUGCGGCUGUCGAAUGGCAAUUUGUGUACAAUGAUCGUCAACUGCAAACCGAUUACGAUAGCGAUGAUGAGAGUGCAAGAAAAGAGGAAACCUUAGAUGUCUUUUACAAAGACGAGGGUAUCGUUCGUAAGCACCUUGCACAAUCCCACGAUGGACUGCAAUCGUUUGAGUUCUUUGAUGAGGGGUACUCGAAAGGGACACUCGAAAGAGCUCUUGCUUGCACGUUAUAUUAUUCAUCAGCCAUAACUUUCGACAAAGUCCAAACAGCCGUUUCCACUAAUGUGACAUAUGUACCGGUCGAUGCGAUAGUCGACAAAGAUGGCCAAGAAUCACAAAUGGCCUUGAGUGUGUUCACACCAUCGCAAUUAUUAUAG